GUUGAGACAGGGGGCCUGAGCGGACAGAAACAAAGCGCGACACACACACACACACUCACACACACACACUCAGAGAGCGGGGCUGAGAGCGGAUGCUGGAGACGAACUCGCAGGUUUCCUAACUUCUGUUUCUGUGUGCGGAACUUGUAACAGAGCGACCGAGAUGCGUGGCCUGUUUUCUACCAUCUUUCUGCUUCUAGUGGCUUUGAUGAUUGUCACUACAGAGGCUGGAAAAAACAAGAAAGACAAAAGUAAAGGAUCGAAAGGGGCCUCUGACUGCACAGACUGGCGUUUUGGGAACUGUGUAGCUAAAAAUGGAGACUGUGGACCAGGUCAGAGGGAUGGGACUUGCGACGAUCAGAUCAAGAAGGUGAAGUGUAAAGUGCCCUGCAACUGGAAGAAGGCUUUUGGUGCUGACUGCAAGUACAAGUUUGGGAAUUGGGGUGAGUGUGACCCUGGUACAGGUAUGAAGAUUCGCACUGGCACUCUCGUGAAGCCUCUCUACGAUGGUGAGUGUCAGCCUACCAUUUCAGCCCCCAAAGCCUGCUCAACCAAGAACAAAGGCAAGUCCAAAGGAAAAAAAGGAAAAGGUAAAGGAAACUAGAAGAGGAGACAUCCAGUAAUGGAAGUGUGAAGGCCAGCCCUCCAAACCCAGCCGUUCAGCUCUCUGCCUCUUUCUCUCUCUCUCUCCUUUUCUUUUUCUCUUCUGUUGAUAUGUCAUAGACUAGACACCUUUCUUCCUCAUGCUGUAUUACAGUUUCAGAGCACAGGAAUGUGGCUACAGUAAUAUGAUUGACGUAUUGUAUGAUAUUGCUGUUCCACAAGGGAGAAUGAAAUGCUGAUGUUUGGAGGAAAACAAUCCUUUGGCUCUUUGUAGAAGGCAGAAAGAAUACACUCUCUGUCAAAAUAUCACAGUUCAUGUCUGACACAAACACAAACACACACACACACACACAUACAUAAACCUGUGUACUUAACGAUUUAUCGUAUAAAUACUUUUUAAAUAAAUUUGUGUGAUGAUGCAGUAGAGAGUUACCUAAAUAGUGGAGUGAAUGCCUAGUGUUUUGGAAAGUUUAUUGUUUUUGUAGGAACAAUAUCACUUAAAAUAAAAGAUAUUUUAAAAAGUA